UUGAAUUACUUUUGAUGUACAAUUAGCUUUUAGUUUAUCAUGAUCAUAUUUUCUGAAUCCAUCAUCUAAUGGUGCAUAUAUUAGACUCUUGUAAGGGCAUACUUUGACGGUCUGAUGUUAUGAACCAAGCCAUGUUGCUACCCUUUUAUCUUGGAUUUCUGGCUUGGUUGUGUGUCUUCUGUGUAAAGGCUGAAGACCCAUACAGAUUUUUCACAUUUGAAGUUACAUAUGGACAAAUUUCUCCACUUGGAGUUCCCCAAAGGGGCAUACUCAUCAACGGCCAGUUCCCAGCCCCGACCAUUGACUGUGUCACCAACGACAAUGUGAUCGUUAAUGUCAUUAAUAAGCUGGAUGAGCCCUUUCUUAUAACAUGGAAUGGUGUGAAACAAAGAAAAACCUCAUGGCAAGAUGGAGUGUUGGGGACAAACUGCCCAAUCCCACCAAAGUCAAACUGGACAUACCAUAUGCAAAUGAAAGAUCAAAUCGGAUCCUACUCUUACUUCCCUUCAACCAAGAUGCAUAGAGCAGUUGGUGGUUUUGGGGCGAUUAAUAUCCGAGCAAGGGCCGUGAUUUUUGUCCCGUAUCUUAAACCAGUUGAAGAAUUCACUUUACUAAUCAAUGACUGGUGGAAAUCUGAUCACAAGGUGUUAUCUCAAACGCUUGACUCUGGGAAACCUCUAACUAUGGCUGAUGGUCUUCUCAUCAACGGGCGUGUUUCUUCAACCUCUUUUACUGUUCGAGGAGGUGAAUUGUACAUGUUUAGGGUGUCAAAUGUGGCGUUGACCACAUCGAUUAAUUUUAGGAUCCAAGGCCAUACACUGACAUUGGUCGAGACAGAAGGAUCGCAUACGCUGCAAGAAGCGUACGGAUCAUUUGACCUUCAUGUUGGUCAAUCUGCUUCUUUCUUGGUCAAACUUCAUGCUCCUGUAAAAGACUAUUUCAUCGUCGCUUCAACUCGUUUUACCAAGCCCACACUUACGGCUACCGGAAUCCUUCAUUAUGAUGGAUCUCAAACCAAAGCUUCUUUGCCUCUCCCUAUUGGUCCCACCUAUCAGAUCCAUUGGUCGAUGAAGCAGGCGAGAACAAUACGAUGGAAUUUGACAGCGAAUGCAGCAAGACCGAACCCUCAAGGUUCAUAUCAUUAUGGGACAAUCCCCGUAACAAGAACCGUUGUGUUGGCUAAUUCAGAAGCAAAUAUUAAUGGCAAGCUUAGGUAUGCUGUGAAUCAGGUGUCUUAUGUUAACCCAAAAACUCCAUUAAAGAUUGCCGAUUUUUACAACAUUUCUGGAGUUUUUAAUGUAAACUCACUCAAAGAUACACCCCCUUCCUUCUCUCCAAUUCUCGGUGUUUCGGUUCUUGGUUUCACUCUUCAUGAUUAUGUUGAAAUCGUCUUCCAAAACAACGAGAACACCAUUCAGUCAUGGCAUCUUGAUGGUUCAGAUUUUUGGACCGUUGGCUUUGGUUCGGGUGUAUGGAACUCCACACUCAGGAAGAGAUUCUACAAUCUGAAUGAUGCUGCUACAAGACACACUGUGCAGGUAUAUCCAAAAUCAUGGAGUGCAAUAUUGGUUUCUUUGGAUAACAAAGGCAUGUGGAAUCUGAGGUCUACAAUCUGGCCGAGACGAUACCUGGGACAGGAGUUGUAUGUUCGUGUUUGGAACGAUGAAAAGAGUUUCCAAACUGAAUAUGACAUCCCAGAAAAUGCAUUAAGAUGUGGUUUAGCACCAUUGAAGUAGAAAGUUUUGAAUUGUUGUUAAAUGUACUUUUCAUAUAUUCGUUCCAUUUUUUAGGCGGUUACGAAGGUGUAGCUGUGUUAGAGAGGAAAGAACUUGAAUGAAAGAAAUUUGUAGUGGUUGUCAUUUGAGCUUUAAAUUAACAGAAGUAAUCCACCUUGAGUUCAUAUUGUCA